GUGGCCCGGCUAUGUCAGAUGACACAGGGCCCUCAGCGUCGAGGUUGUCUCCUGCUGCCUGGCGCCAGAAGUUGCUGGACGCCUCCGAGGCCUGCGCCGUGUGGUACUUCGAGGCCCACCUCGGCGCAGAGAAGGUGGCGCAGCAGCUCCCUCCUGGCAGGCCACACCUGCGGGCUGCCCGGAUCUCUCUGUGUGAGCUGCUCCAGGUGCCCGGCGCUUCUGUGGCCUGGCCCCGGCCGGGUUUGCUAUGCGUCCACCUGGUGGUAUCUCAGCAGGUCUCCUCAGGCUCAGCGUGGUCACACUGGCUGGUGCGCUCCCACCUCCAGGGAGACCUAGCAGAUGCAGUGAAGAGCGCGGUGCAGCGGUCGGCGCCCAGGGGCUACGAUGCCUUGGACGUGGAGCACGUGAGCACCCCGCUGCCUUUGGAGGAUGUCUGGCUGGAAGCAGCGGAGGAGCACUGCGACCUUGGGAUGGAGCUAAGCGGCGCGCCGCUGCAAGAGGCCACCGUGGCACGCGCCGUUGUGGAGGGCUUCGUUUGGAGCCGCGGGCUGCAAGAGCGCGACCGCCUGGUGUGGAUUGACGGCCGGCCCUCAGCAGAGAUGUCGCCGGAGGAGGUGGCGGCGGAGUUGCGAGCUGUGCGCCCGCUCCGCCUGGGCUUCGUGAGGCCCGGGUCACCGGCUCUGCAGUUCAAGUCCUCGAAGGCCGUCGAGUCGCCCAGCUCUGUGGCUGAUGUGAACGAGCAGGUGGAUCGAGAGCUGCAGGAGCUUCGGGAUCGGCGGCUUCACCUGCAGCAGCUGCAGCAGAAGCUGAUGGAAGCCCGGGACGAGCGGCCCAAAACCGGGCGGAGCCGGGAGAAGGCACUCAGCCGCAGCCCAGGAGUGAUCAUAUCUGGAGCUGGCGGAAUUCCAGGAGAAGGGUACCGACCAGUCCAAGCAGGAGAAGGAGGAGGUGUGCGAGCGGGAGGCAUCUACGAUGGAGGUGUGCAAGGAGGAGCUGUCGAGGGAGGUCAAGGAGGAGGUCAAGCAGGCUAUGGAGCAGGCUUUGGAGGCGGCCAACCAGGCCAAGCGGGCCAAGCAGGCCAAGCGGGCCAAGCAGGCCAAGCAGGCCAGGCAGGCUUCGGAGGAGGCCCAGCAGGCCAAGCAGGCUUUGUGGGAGGCCAAGCAGGCUUUGCAGGAGGCCAAGCAGGCUUUGGAGGUGAGGGGCCGGGCAGUGCUGCUGGAGUACAACAAGGAGAUGGUGGUGGCUUUGGAGCUGCUGGCAUGUCCGGGGAAGCCCUCGUGCGCUUCGCAGGCGACGCCAGCCAGGGAGCCGCCGACUUCCUUCGGUUGGAUGCGGGGCUCAGUGCGGCGGCUCCUGAGGCUUCGGCGCCUUGCACCACGGAGGAAGGCGCCCUCGAGGCCAAGGUGGAGGCGCAAGAGAAAAGCGAGCAGCAGGAGCAGGCGCUCAGCUCAGAAAACGCGGUGCGGGCGGAGGAGUUGGAGGCAGAGGUGCUGAGUCGCUGCCAGCAGCGGGAGGAGGAGCUGCUGGCGCCCGCGGUGGCUUCGGCCAAAGCGGAGCACGAGGAAGCGGCGGCUGCCAGGUUCAACUUCCAGGCGGAGCUGAUGGAGGAGGCGGCCACUUUGCGGCGGCGCCAGGAGGAGGCAACCUUGGCACGGGGCGAGGCGAUGGAGGCCCAGGCGGAGGCCUGCGCGGCGGCGCGCGCCGAGGGCGCGGAGGCGCAGGAAGCGGCACGCCGGGAGUUGGACGAGCAGCUGGCGAAGCUUCGGGGGGAGGAGGGCCGAGUGGAAGAGGCGCUCGCAGAAGCACAGGAGGCGCGGCGCUUGGUCUCCGCGGAGGGCGUGGCGGCGCGGCAGCGCGCGGGGGAGGAGCUGGGCGCGGAGCUGCGGAAGCUGCGGCAGGAGCAGGGCCAGGCGGCCGCGGCCGCGGAGGAAGCGCACCAGGCUUUGGAGCUGGCGGAGAGCCGGGAGAAGGUCACAGCGGAGUGCGAGGAGCAAGUGGCCAAGGAGGUGAAGAACUGGGAGCUGUUGCUGGAGCAAAGGGAAAAGGAGAUCCUCCAGGAGAGCGAGGCCCGCGAGAAGCAGCGGGAGGUUGAGGCGCUGGCCAGGUACGAGCAGCGCGAAAGGGAGCUGCUGGCGCCCCAAGUGGCCUCCGCCCAGGCGGAGAAAGAGGAGGCCGCGGCCGCCAGGUUCUACGCGCGCGAGGCCGCGUGCGCGGAGGUGGGCGCGGAGCGGCAGAGCCUGGCCUCGGCGGAGGCGAAAGCAGCGGAGGCGCAGCGGGCGGCGCUCGCCGCGCGCGCGGAGGCGCUGCGGGAGGAGGCGGAGAUGCGGCGCAUGGAGGACCAGGCUGCGCAAGAAGUGCUGAAGUGGGAGUCCCAGCUGGCCAUCAAGGAGCGUGAUGCCUUGAGCAUUUGGGAGCAGAAGGAGCAGGAGCUGCAGGGCGCCGCGCGCGCGGAGCAGCAGGUGGCCGCAGCCCUGAAGCUGCGGGAGCUGGCGCUGAAGGCGGGCGAGGAGGACCUGCGCAGCGCGCUGCGGAAGCGCGACCACGCGGUGCUCAAGCAGGAGCGGGAGACGGAGGCCAUGGAGAAGGCGGCGGAGCAGAUGGCGCAGCGCGCGGAGCUGCGGGCCCAGGAGCUGUCCGCCACUUUGCAGCAGAGGGGCCGUCAGCUCGCCCUGGAGAGCGCGCAGCGGGAGGAGGCGCUGCAGGCACGGGAGGCGGAGCUGCGGGCUCUGGGGGCAGCGCAGCUGGAGGAGGUCAAGGAGCUGCAGCGCCUGCGCCGGUCCUUGGCAGAGGCGGAGACCUCGGUGGCCACCUGGGAGGCAGACCAGGUGCAUCGAGAAGUCCAAGGCCGAGUGCUGAUGCUGGAAGCCAAGAGCCGCGACACACAGCUGGGCUUCCUGGUGGGUGGCUUUGAGUCGGAGAGGCUGGUGGUGACGCAGGUGUUGUCCGGUUCCUGGGGGGAGCAGAAGGGCCUCAAGCCGGGCCUGGAGCUGAGCAGCCUGGAUGGCAAGGAUGUGAAGGAGCUGAAGGAGCCGGAGGUCCUGGAGGCGUUGCUCUCCACGCGGCCCUUGAAGCUCUGCUUCCUGCGCAACCCACCAGUGGCCUCUGUGGCCGCGGCCCCGGUGAUCGCAGCGGCGAUGGCGCCGGCGGUCACACCGGCGAUUGCGCCGGCGGUCACACCGGCGAUUGCAGGGGCCGACCAGGAGUUCUGGCGGCCCACGGAGACACAGGCAGAGCCCUACGAGCUGGUGGCGGAGGAUGUAUCUCAGCUGGGGUUGGACCUCACAGGGGUUCCGCCGUCUUCUGUUCGCAUCAAGCAGGUGCUCCCAGAGUCCUGGGCCGAUUCCAAGGGCGUGCUGGCCGGGGACGAGCUGGUCAUGGUAAAUGGCAGCCUCACCUCAAGCCUUACUAAGGCCCAGGUGGGUGCGGCGCUGCGGGCGCGGCCCCUGCGCCUCACGCUGGCCCGGCCCCGCCGGGCCUCGGUGGUCGUCGGUUCUUCCGGCGUGAAGACGAAGGCCAAGGAGAUGCUGGAGCUGGAGGCUGGGGAGUCUGAGGAGCGCCUGGGCUUCGUGGCCGGCGGCAAGCUGCCGGCCGAAGUCUUCGUGGCGAAGAUCUUCCCCAACGGCUGGGCGGAGAAGAAGGGCCUGCAGGUGGGCGACGUCUUGGAGGAGGCGAACGGCCGGAAGCUGUCGGAGCUGAGCCAGGAGGAGCUGGACCGCCUCAUCAAGAUCCGGCCGCUGAAGCUCCGCUUCUCGCGCGGCGCUGGGUCGGGCGCGGCGGGAGGUGCCGCGGCAGCGUCCAGCGGCGCCGCGGCAGCGCUGAAGACGCUGAAGGCCGCCUCAAAGCUCAAGGCCCGGCCGGAGCUCUCGGCGCCGGCGCCGGCGGGGCCGCUGGCCGACAAGGUGAACCUGGAGCUCGCGGCCGGGGAGAAGCUGGGCUUCGUGCCGUGGGGCCUGCCGCCGGCACGGGUCAUGGUGCGCCAGGUCACCCCGGGAUCCGCGGCGCACAAGGCGCUGCUUCAGCCGGGCCACGAGCUGCUGGAGGUGAACGGCGCCCAGGUGAAGAACCUGCAGCGUGUUGAGCUGGAGAGGACAUUGCUGGCGCGGCCACUGAAGCUGAGCUUCGCAGCCAGCGAGGAAGCUGGCGCCUUUGCAGUGCCCAACCGCGACACCGAGAUCGAAGACGAGGAGGUGCAAGCAGGCAUCUUGGAUCUGGUGGCGACCCCAGACAAUGGACAUCUUGGCUUUGAAACGACCACGUCGUUGAACUUCAAUGCAGUGGAGGUUGCCAAGGUUGAGCCGGGUACGUGGGCGCAGAGAAUGCGAAUCAGGCUGGGCGACCACCUCCUAUCGAUUGAUGGCACCGCCGUGGGCGCCUUUGCCGGCACCUCGCUGAAGGAGGCAAUCAGCAGCCGUGCUCGGCCAAUGCGCUUGCGGUUCCGACGGCAAGGAAGCAAUGGCCUGGACGAGGAUCAGCGGCGCUUGGAUGUGCUGGCCACGGAGGCGGACGUGGAGCUGGGGUUCCUGACCACUGGCCAGCCCCCCAGUGAGGUGCUCCUCUCGAAGGUGAUCCCGGGCAGUUGGGCUGCCGUGCGCGGCCUGCAGGAGAAGGACGAGCUGGCCGCGGUGGCGGGGCAGCCGGUGGCGAGUUUGAGCGGCGCGGGGCUGCUGCGGUACCUGCAGUCUGUUCGGCCGCUGCGGCUGCGCUUCUACCUGGCGCCCGGCGGGCCCUUGGCGCGCCAAGUCGCCAGCGCCUCCAGCGCCGCCAAGCCGAAAGCCGAAGCGAAGCCCGAGAAGGAGCCAACUCCGAAGGACGAGAAGGAGGCGGAGAAGGAGCCAGAGGCAGCUUCCAAGGCGAAAGCGAGAAGCCGCUUGGGCAGGGCAAAGUUGGCGCAGAUGCUGGUUGGCGAUAUGAUGAAGGGCAAGAGCCAAGAAGAGGAGGUGCCCACGUCGCCCGCUUCGCCGGCCACGCCGCCUGCGUCACCUGAAAACCCCCCUGCUUCGUUGCCCAAGGCGGCGGUCGCGGCCGCUCCAAGCCCCGCCCCCGCCCCCGCAAGCGCCCCCGCAAGCCCCGCCCCCGCAACCCCGCACCCAAACCUGCUGCACCGCGAAAGCCGCCGCCGCCCAAGCCCAAGGCGCCCGCCAAAGCCGCCGGGCCGCGGCCCUCGGAGCGCACCGCGCCCCGGGGCAUGGCAGAGGAGGACUCAGACUCGGAUGACGGGAUUCAGGAGAAGAAUGCGGGCCUACAGGACAAGGAACUGGGCUUCGAGGUGGCGCCGGGCGCCGGCAGCUUCAUCGUGA